AUGUUAUAUUUUUCCUUCUGUGCAGUUAAUUUUUGUGACAACAGUACCAGCACAGUGAAAAUUUCGGAUAGCGAUAUAAACCUCCUUACUUUUGAACAGAUUAUAGCAGGUAAAUACAGCAACUGCAAAGAAAAAUGUGAACCUGACACUGUGAAUGGGAAUGCUUCUAUAGCAAUCCAGAUGUGCUCCAGAGAAGAGAUAACACCUGCUUUAAAGCCCUCUCAAAUUCUGAAUUGCAAUGAAAAUCUGGACUCCCUAGCAUCAAAGGUUGAAACUGCAGACUGCAGCAAAGUUUCAGCUAUUGCAAGUAACACUCAAAUCCUCACCUCCAUGCCAAACCAACUGACCACACAGAACAUUGCUGCUGCUGCAAACAUCGCAGUGCAGAUUCUGAAAAAGCCAAAUGUUUCAGAAGACUUUCAGACAUCUGUGGCAGUAAUGGCUACAGUGAGUCAACUCUUGGAUGCCAACGAAACAGAAUUUGUCCAUAAUAAUCUUGUCAAUGUUACAACAAGCCUCACAAAAACAAUGGAGGAAUUUUCUUUGACUGCUAACAUCUCACAGCCCAACAUUGCAGUCCAGUCUGCUCCACUGAAAUUAAGCUCCUCUACAAUUCUAUUUUUGGCACAGAGAAACACAGCACUGGGAGAUUAUUGCUCAAGAAAACUAGAAAUACAGGAAAAUGUCCCUGGGCUUAUUGGUGACCUCAGUACUGAAGUUCAGAUACUGUUCAACAUAUUAAGAAAUAGUUCAUCAGACAAUGCAAGAGUUGGAUUUGUCCUGUAUCAAAAUGACAAACUCUUCCAGUCAAGGAUUUAUCAGAGUCACAACACAUUCUCUAAACAAAUCAUCUCUGGUAACAUUGAUGGUGGAACAACCAGCAGUGUUGAAAUAGCCUUCAGUCCCAAGUACAACACAUCUGAACUGCAGCUGCGUGAUCAUGCCUGUGUCUUUUGGGACUACACCAUCAAUGACUGGAGCACCACUGGGUGUGCCAAAGGAAGAGACCAAUUCUUGAGAUGCAGAUGUAAUCACACCACUAAUUUUGCUGUGCUGAUGGCUUUUCAGAUCAAAUACAAAUAUGCAAAGCCUUUGGAGUAUAUUUCUUACAUUGGUGUUGGAUUGUCUGUGGUUGGUCUGGUUAUUACCAUUUUGUUUCAAAUAUUCACAAGAAAAACUCGAAAAUCAUCUGUAACAUGGAUGUUAGUGAGUCUCUGUUUCUCUAUGCUCAUUUUUAACAUCAUCUUCAUCUCUGGAAUUGAAAACCAAAAUGCCAGGAAUCACAGCAGCGAUACCAUCAGCUCCUACAAGCAAUACCUGCCCUAUGAUACUGCCAGUAACACCUUACUCACAUCUGACAUGGUAGAUCCUCCUGCAGACUCCUGGUGUACAGCUGUGGCUGCCCUACUGCACUAUUUUUUGUUGGCAACUUUUAUGUGGUCAGCACUCAAUUCGGCACAGUUGUACUUAAUGCUGCUUAGAGCCAUGAAGCCCCUUCCUGGACACUUCCUCAUAACCAUGUCAGCAAUCGGAUGGGGAAUCCCUGCCUUAGUAGUUACAGUAACUCUUGGAGCCACAUACAGAGAAGGAAAAGCUCUAAACUACCGACAGGAAGAAUUUUGCUGGCUUGCAGCACUGGACCAAAAUCAGAAUUUCAGUGUGCAAAAGCCCAUGUUGUGGUCAUUCCUCUUGCCAGUAGCAUUCAUACUCCUGUUUAACAUCAACAUCUUCAUCAAGAUCAGUAUUGCUGUGAUAUGGAAGAAGAACAAGUUUUUGACAAGGAGCAAAAAGGAUUCAUUAAUGAGAAAUAUGAUUAGCACUAUCGCUAUAGUGGUAGUGCUCGGAAUCACCUGGACAAUAGGCUACCUCAUGUUAAUAAGUAAUGAAAAAACAAGUCUUGUUUUCAGCUAUCUGUUCUGCAUUUUGAAUGCUACCCAGGGACUCCAGAUUUGUAUUUUGUACACUUUCAGAACAACAGUCUUCAGGAAAAAAGUUUCCAAAGUGUUUCCUAUUUUCCAGGUACCACUGUAUCUGCAUUCAAAAACUUACAACAUUUCAAAAUCACAUUUCAGACAUUCACAGGAAACUUUCAGAUCAACCCAGACUUCUUCAGACAAUAUUUCCUUGUCUACCUUCCCCAACUGGAGUUAG